GUAUUCCAUGAUUUACUCGAUUGCCAUGCUGCAGGAGACUUGCGCGCAUGCGGAGGCGCGAGGGAUGCUGCCCAAGCUCCUGGAAGCCUGGGAGCUGACAGCGCAGCAUAUGACCCCAGAACAACUCUCCGGCUGCCUUUGGGCGCUUGGAUGGAUCGACCCUGAGGCUCAGGAUUCUCGAGGCACCCUGACAAACGUGCGGAACGAGAUUGCCUUCGGCCUGGCUGAGAUGAAGAUGAAAGAGCUGUCAGAAGCUUUGUGGGGCUUCGCAGCCCUUCAGUUCCGAGAUGAGGAGCUGCUGUACAUGGCAGCAGAGCGCUUUCUUGAGAUUCACUCGCGCGUGCGGGCACCUAUCCUCGCGAAGAACAUUGCCCGGGUCAUGUGGGCCUUCGCGAAGUUUGACUAUCGGCACACGCGGCUCAACAAGGCGUUCAUUGCGCGGUUGGCACCCGAGAGGCACGUCAUCAGGUUUCUCAUGCCCGAUCAGCUUCACGCAAUGCUCUGGGCAAUAGAGAAGCUCAUUCCGGAUGUCGACAGUGCGGAGACGAAGAGAAACCUCGAGUCAAAGGUCAAGGCCUUCAUCAAGAUGAGGUACAAGCAUGGUUUGGAACGAGUUGUGGACCGCUACGGCGACGAGCGUGUCCACAAAGUGACUGUAGGGCGAAUUGAGCCUUACAUCGAAGUUGACCAGAAGAUCCCCAUUCCUCUCAGGAAUGCCGCGCAACUCGUGGCUGCAAAAGACCUCGGCGAGGCCGGACCAGACGUGCCUAACGUGCGUCGUAAAAUCUCAGGGCGACCGCGAUGGAGCGUUGCCACAUGGGUAGAUCCAGAGAAGCGCUUCGUAACCUUCGCCGCGCGCGAGAGGCAGAAGGCCUUGGAAGCUGCCAGGAUAAAGGCGCUGCAGGCAGCGGCAGAAGAAGAUGAUGGUGAGGGCCAACCAAGCCUGCAGGAACAGCCUCAAGAAGCCACAUGA